UAGGCCUUAAAGUACCAACAUUGACGUAUUUUGAAACUUGUUUCAAGUUCUAUGAUAGAGUGAUGCCAAGAGGAGAAACAUUCCAGAUGAGAGUACGACGUCGUCAGUCCGAUGCCAAGUGGCGUGCAAGUGUGGCAACCUGUUACGAGACCCUUAAGAACAUCAUACCCAACAGAGAAAAGAUGCCGAAGCGCAAAAUAUCAAAAGCUCUGAUCCUCCAGGAGACAGAGAACCACAUUGUGAAUAUAGAAAAUAAGUUCAGAGACCUAUUGGAACAAAAAGCAAAAGCAAGGGGAAAGUCUUUGAUAAUGCAGACAGAUUUUGGCUUUGCAGAAGCAAAAAUAGAAGAUAUACGAAAAGAAUUCUCAAACAAGCAGGAAAACCUCUACUUGCAAAACUGUAGCCAGCGUAAAAAGAGUAACAUCCCAUCUGAUCUUGAGCUGGGCUUGAUUGACCUGAGGUCGUCCAUGUGUAACUUGUCAGUGGUUCCGCUCGACUGUCUCCAAGAGUUCCUCAGUUCUUCGAACAGCAACGAGUUCUGUGAGACCCAGAAUAAAGAAACCAGUGAAGAAGAUGGGACAUAUUUGAAACACCGAAUUCUGUCACCAGAUUCCAGAGUAGUACCCACAUACACUGAUCGAACCAGACAGGAAACUCUUAAUGGCCAGACAGAUUUGCUUGACACUCAGGAACGUGAGACGUUGCCUCCAAGGACACCAGUAAAAGCGCGAAGAGGUAGACCAAGUAGGAGGCAAAAUUAUCAAUAUCGACGUGACAGAGUUGUGUCCCCUGAACAUUCCAACAUUUUUGAGAACUACAGCAGCUUUACUUCAGAGAAUUUCUACCACCAGGGUCACCAUGAGACCGUAGAGCAUGCUAGCUUCCAUAGCCGGGAGAGAACACCAGUACAGAACAGGAAACGAGGACGGGACUCGACCUCCAGGUCAAGGACACCUGCUAGGUCAACAAAACAACGACUUUUUGAGACGCACAGUGGAUUUACACCUGUCAAACUGCCUGAUGUAGUACCAGUAACACCAGGGACGCCUAGAUCCAACCCACCACAGAAAUCUCCCUUCACAGCUCUCAGCUCGGACAACCAUCCACAAGAUAGCCCACCAAGAGAUGAGAUUUGUAUGGCGCCGGACCUGUUAUUUAGCCCUCUGGACACCGCAAAACUGUUGUGUACAGAGUCUAUGGAUCUCAUGGACUUAGAUGAUGGACACCAGCCCAAUGAAAAUACACCUCAUCAUGCUAAAGAAAAAGGAAGAAAGUGUAAAGAGAAUGUGCAAGGUAGAGGGACAAACAAGCCUCGAGGACAGACUCACAGAUCCAGAUCUUCGCAUACUCAUCACCCAAGUGAAGGGGAGCCUCGUCAGGCUCGCAGAUGUCGCAGACAGCUGGAGAAGAGCUUUCCCACACCAGAAAAGAAGUUGGUGACAGAGACUCCAUUCAUCACUGGAGUGUUUGAAAGCACAGACAUCAACUGUUGUCAGGACUUUGACGGGUACUUCCAGUUUUACCAACAAAUGGCUGCCGAGUGUCCAGAAACACCGGAGACAGCGAGUCGCGUGGCUCAGAUGUGGAAAAAUAUGUCGCCAGCUUCACGUGAAACCUUUGUUGCUAUGGCUGCCCUUGACACACAAUCCAGUACAUCUGCACUCAGUGACCUCUCAGAUGACCUGUUGGACCUUGAACUUGAACCAAUCAUAGAUUGUUUCCAGUCAUCAGCCCAGGAUUGUGGUCACUCACAGCUUGUUCCAGAGUACAAUGGUGAUCUGUCCGAACAAGGCAUUUUCCACCCUUUUCUUUCUCUCCAGACUGUCCCUGACAGAGAAGAGAAAUCCACAAGUACAGCUCAGGACAUGGCAUCAUACCUGAAGAUGGGACCAGUCAGUGUAGCUUCAAACUCAUCUGGACAACACACGUACCAAGACAUGUUUGAUUCCGCUACUUUUAACACUGGGUCCAUCUCCCAGGCUGCCUACAUGAUUUCUGUCAACCAGUUUCUGGACCAGAGUGGCUGUAUUGGUCAGAUGUCUGGUCAGUUUGGUCACACAGCAUUGUCCACGCUAGCCAAGUCCACUGACCAGGAUAGCCAGACAGUCCCAGAUAUUGACCUUGUCCUGAAUCACAUCAUACAGGUCAAGGACUUGAAUAUUCCAACUUAGUAGACUCAGUCCUACCUUAAGAGAUGGUCAGUGUUUCCUCUUUUUGACAGGAUGUAUAUAGGGUAUUAUGGUAUGGUGGGCCAUCCAUCCAUUUGUUAACAUUUUCUUGUUUAAAACACAUUUUCUUUGCCUGAAAAAUGUUUUUUCUUGAA